AUUAUUUGAUGAAAAAAAAUAUCUGUAACUUUUGAUCAAUUCAAUGCAUCCUUGCUAAAAAACAAACACUUUUGAUCAUUAGUCUAUAUAUUAUGAAUUACCUGUAUGGGUGUUUUCAUUAGGGCAAUUUAUGGCUGUGCAUUCAGUUUAAGGAAAACUUAAUUAAUUUGGCUCUUGAUAUGUGGAAUAGUUGACCUGUUAGGUGUAGUGUGUAUGAUGUGAUUUGUGCUUUGCUGCAAGGGAUAAGUUAAUUGCUAUUGCUUCUAAUCACUGUGUGUGUGCGUGCCACAAAUAUGUCCAAUAUCUAAAAUGUUUUGUCCUUGUGGGAACAUAUUUUGGUAGCCAUGAGGAAAACAGCGUAGGCUACAAUUCAUACUAAGUGAUGUUUUUUGAAAAUAAAAAAAAAUACAGAAAGUUUUCAUUGAUGGGUAUCUUUAGGGGCAGGGUUAGUGUAAGGGGGUAGUAUGAAUAUAAAGUUUUUAAAGUAUAAAAAUCAUUAUGUCUAUGAAAAGUCCUCAUAAAAUAUGAAAACACAACAUGUAACACACACACACACACACACACAUAUAUAUAUAUAUAUAUAGAGAGAGAGAGAGAGAGAGAGAGAGAGAGAGAGAGAGAGAGAUCAGAAGUUUGCAUUAGUACUCAGAUUAAUAAAUCUUUUAAAUGUUCAUUGAAAACUCAAAUUUGAAUUUUUAAUUCAAAAUGUAUUUUAUAGAGAUUCGUCAAAUAGUCAAUGUCUUUUUCAUACUUUUUCUUUUUUGUUUUUCAUAUUUUGCUUUCCCCCCACUGUAAUAAUAUAAGAUUGUUAGUCAAAGUACAAUUAUUAAUAAUAACAAUAAUAAAACAUUUCUAGAAAAUCUUUCUAAAGUCUUUCCGGUAACACUUUAUUUUACAGUGUGCUUGUUAUUAUGUUACAUGUAGGCUACCAUAGUAAUAACAGUAAACUGCAUAGCUAAUACAUGCAACUAAACCUCAACCAAAUCCUAAUCCUACCCUGACCCUAGAGUAAGUACAAUAGUUAAUUAUUAUUACUCAGUACUUAAAUAUAUAAUUACACUCUAACAAUGACACCUUAAAUGAAAUCAUUUCCCUUAUGUAGGAGGCUACAGUAAAAUCAUGAUUGAGAAAACCUUUGUAGUGUCUUUGAGCGCCGUCCUCUGGUCAAGUGUUGUCACAGCAGCUGUGUGUGUGUGUGUGUGUGCAUGAGUAUAAUAUUUCCCGUCGGUGUGCCAUUAGCACUCAGUCAGUCCCGCAGCAUCGUCCACUGCGACUGCAACUGCAACACUAGGAGCUCAUGUGAAACAUAAGUUUUAAUCUGCGCUUUUCUCUCUCUCGCUCCUUAAAUUGCGAGCGCUCCAGGACCUUUUACAUGCAUGGUUGUUCAUCAGUACCGAUCUGGCAGAUACAUUUUUAUUUUAACUCAGUUGAUCAUUUUAUGGAAAUCUAUGAAGGAUUAUCCUCAUCGAAAGCCAGUCCAGUUUAAUAUGGAAAAAUGUCAUUCUUCAUAUUCAGUACGGCUACAGCGAUCUUAAUGCUGUUGUUGUGUGAUGGUAGGAUAUCAUCAGCAGCUGUAAGUGACUGAGUAACCAUGGCUUACACCGGAGCGCAGAAGGUUUUGAAGAGCGAUAAGUUAGAUGAAGCUCAAGCUCUGGCCAAAAGCUGUGCAGGCAGACCAGACUUUCUCCCCUGUGAUGGACUGUCCAUUUGUGCGACACACAGCCACGGAAAGUGUUUCAAACUGCACUGGUGCUGCCAUUUAGGCUGGUGUCACUGUAAAUAUGUCUACCAGCCCAUGACCAAUGUGGCUCAGCUACCAAGCACACCUGUGCCGGUCACUCCAUCUGACUGUACCAACACCAUUGAUCUGACCAUCUCUCUGACUGAACGCUUCCUCCGCAUCUCCCCCUGUUUCCUGCCACCUCCUUGUCCCGAGUCCCCGAAGUACUGCAACAUUGCCGAACUGUUUAUCGACGACUACAUUGUCAAACGCAUCAACGGCAAGAUGUGCUACAUUCAGCGGCCCCCAGUUCACACCGAGGCUCCUCUUAGCCCACCUCAGAUAAACCCUGCUUGUCAGGUAGCACAGAAACAGCACACUGAAGACAAGCAGACAAUUGAGGAGACCGUUAAAGGACCAAAAAUGGGCCACUGCUCUUCGCCCUCCAGCUCUGAGGACUCGGGAAUCAAUGCUUUGGGAGGUCACUAUCUGGAGUCCUAUGAGGAAGAGUCUGAGGAAGAGGACGAACUUAGCAUGGAUGGACACUCUAGUCCGGGAAGUCUAUGGGACCAGGAUGAAUGCACCCUACUGUCCCCUUCCAAAUCCAUUGUGGAGAUUAUUGAAAAUAUUGAAACUACUGUGUGAUUUUUCCAGACUGCUUAUUUCUGGUCUUUUCACAUCUCUUUCUCUUUGUCUGACAAGAUUAACUCAUUGUGUUAAAAUAAAUAUUGUACGUAGAGGAAAAUACUUCACCCAUAAAGACUUUGCUACACUUUACAUUUGUCUGUAAUCUAUAUUUCUGUUCUCAUUGUCAUAUGAUCCUUUGUUUGAGGUUUAUCAGCACAGUUCUUGACUUUAAAAAAAGUCAUAAAAAAUAAAUAA